GCCGCUUCUGGGCGGUUUCCUCGCUUCUCCACCUCUGGGCCGGACUGGCCUGUUUCUAGUUUCGUCCUCGAUGGUGCCCCAAGCCCCAUUUUACAGAUGAGAAAACCAGGGCUGGGAAGGUGAAAGCCACACGCGCCAACUCCUGGGGGCCGGGAGCCCUUCCCCGCGCCCUUCGUUCGGCAAGCCCCUCUGCCCUGCAUUUCCAAUGCCCGGUGCAACGUGCAUCCUCCCAGCUUCCAUUCUUUUUGGAGAGUGGUCCUGGAAAAAGACCCCCCGGAGAGGGCGCGUCGUGGCCCCCUGUGGGGUGGGGGCCAGGGGCCUCUUGCAGAGCCCCUUCCCCUCCCACUGCUGGCUCAGGAUGGCCUCCUGUCCCCACAUCCCCAGCCUCCUGCUAACCCCUUGUUCCCAGAGCGCAGCCCCACCUCCUCGGAGCAGGGGGCUGGCCCGUGCUAUUUCUGGCCUUUCUGGGACUCUCCUGACAGCGGAUUCUUGUUUUCAGUCUGAUUCAGAUGUGAAACUUUUCCCGCGGCCUCUCACCCGGUUCCUGUGGGCUGGGUCUCUGCCUCAUCACUGCCUGCUUCCCCGGGCCAAGCCCCUCCCCAGGGUUGUCUCUGGCUAGUUGCUCAGUACUUCUGGGACCUGGAGGAGGAAGCCAGGGGCUCAAGAGGGCGUUGUUCCCCCGAUAGGGGCCCUGGGCCCCUUUGCCCCGGGGUCAGCACCUUGGAACUUUGCAGUAGGAAACUUGGAUCCCCAUGGCCAGCCGGGCUCCUGUUCAGAGGAGCCACCUUCAGGGCCCCAUCCUCAGGCUGCGCUACAUGGUGAAGCAGCUGGAGAAUGGGGAGGUCAACAUCGAGGAGCUGAAGAAGAACCUGGAGUACACGGCUUCUCUGCUGGAGGCCGUCUAUAUCGACGAGACACGGCAAAUCCUGGACACGGAGGACGAGCUGCAGGAGCUGCGGUCAGAUGCGGUGCCCUCGGAGGUGCGUGACUGGCUGGCGUCCACCUUCACGCAGCAGACCCGGGCCAAAGGCCGCCGGGCGGAGGAGAAGCCGAAGUUCCGCAGCAUCGUGCACGCCGUGCAGGCCGGCAUCUUCGUGGAAAGGAUGUUCCGGAGAACAUAUACCGCUGUGGGCCCCACCUACUCCACCGCUGUCCACAACUGUCUCAAGAAUCUGGACCUCUGGUGCUUUGACGUCUUCGCCCUGAACCGGGCAGCCGAUGACCAUGCCCUGAGGACCAUUGUUUUCGAGUUGCUGACCCGGCACAACCUCAUCAGCCGUUUCAAGAUACCUACUGUGUUCCUGAUGACUCUCCUGGACGCCCUGGAGACGGGCUACGGCAAGUACAAGAAUCCCUACCACAACCAGAUCCAUGCAGCCGACGUCACCCAGACCGUCCACUGCUUCUUGCUCCGCACGGGGAUGGUGCACUGCUUGUCGGAGAUCGAGGUCUUGGCCAUCAUCUUCGCCGCGGCCAUCCAUGACUAUGAGCACACGGGCACCACCAACAGCUUCCACAUCCAGACCAAGUCGGAGUGUGCCAUCUUGUACAAUGACCGCUCGGUGCUGGAGAACCACCACAUCAGCUCCGUCUUCCGCAUGAUGCAGGAUGACGAGAUGAACAUUUUCAUCAACCUCACCAAGGACGAGUUUGCGGAGCUGCGGGCCCUGGUCAUCGAGAUGGUGCUGGCCACCGACAUGUCCUGCCAUUUCCAGCAAGUGAAGUCCAUGAAGACUGCGCUGCAGCAGCUGGAGAGAAUCGACAAGUCCAAGGCUCUGUCCCUCCUGCUGCAUGCCGCCGAUAUCAGCCACCCCACCAAGCAGUGGGCAGUGCACAGCCGCUGGACCAAGGCGCUCAUGGAGGAAUUCUUCCGCCAGGGUGACAAGGAGGCAGAGCUGGGCCUGCCCUUCUCUCCGCUCUGUGAUCGCACCUCCACUCUGGUGGCCCAGUCCCAGAUUGGUUUCAUUGACUUCAUAGUGGAGCCCACGUUCUCCGUGCUCACCGACGUGGCUGAGAAGAGUGUGCAGCCCCUGGUAGAUGAGGACUCCAAGUCUAAGAACCAGCCCAGCUUCCAGUGGCGCCAGCCUUCUCUGGAUGUGGACGUGGGGGACCCCAACCCUGACGUGGUCAGCUUCCGCUCCACCUGGACCAAGUACAUUCAGGAGAACAAGCAGAAGUGGAAGGAAAGGGCAGCGAGCGGCGUCACCAACCAGAUGUCCAUUGACGAGCUGUCCCCCUGUGAAGAAGAGGCCCCGCCCUCGCCUGCUGAGGAUGAACACAACCAGAAUGGAAAUCUGGACUAGCCCUGGGGCUGGCCCGGGUUCUCCCGAGUCCAGAGUGUUCGAUGUCAUCAGCACCAUCCAUCAGGACAUCUGCUCCAAGGGGCCGCCCGCCCGGAGGCCACGUGCCAGAGAUCUUGGGUUGGGGGAGGGCCCCUUCCACCUGCCACCCACUGGGUCCCACUUUAAUCUCUGGGCGGCAGGACUGAGCAAGCCCAGGCUCCCAGUGGUCACUGUGUCCAUCCCCUUGCCUCUGGACUCCCCCCAUGGCCUUGGCUGUCUGGGAGCUGGGGAGCCUCCUGGGGGUAGGGUCAGAGCUGCCAGCCCCCGGGCCCUCCCCCAUCCUUUUUGCCUCCAAGUUUCUAAGCAAUACAUUUCGGGGGUUCCCUCGGCCCGCACCCCCACCCCAGAUCUUAGCUGGCAGGUCUGGGGCCCCCUUCUCCUCCCCCUGGGAAGGGCUGAAGUAGGGUAGAAAGCUGGGGUCCCCCCCGCCCAAGUGUGGGGGGAGGGGAGUGGCUUCCUCGGGGCCUAGUUCCUUUCUGGGCCCCCCGGGAGUGGGCUGGGGGCAGCCUCGGCGCCCGCACCUGCACUGCUUCAGCCCCCGGCCCAGCCUGACUCCCUGCCAACAUCCCUCCCUCUCUCCCAUUCUGCCGCAGGGACUCGGGGCAGGGGAGCCACGAGGGCUAGGGGCUGGAAGGAUUGGGUUGGGCCCCCGGCUGAGCCCUCUGCCCUCUUCCUCCCCCUUUCCCCCCAACCCCCCUGGGGGGGGACUCAGAGGCUCCCAUCCGACCAAUGUCUGUAAAAGGGGCGGGGUGUCUUCAGGAAGCGUCUUAGAGCUCUGGCUGGAGAGAGCUGGGUGGGGGGCGAUUGAGGCGUGGCCCCGGAACCCUGUGCAGUCUCCCGCACCACCAGGCCCUCCCCAGGGACCCUGGGGAGGGGCGUGUGCUGGGCAGAUGGGAAGGGGCUCCAGGCGGCGGCUAUCAGGUCGUCUGGUGCCCCUUCCCCUCCCCAGGCCCCUCCCGCCCCCUGCCCCAGGUGACCGCCCUCCUCCGCCCGUGUACAUACGAGCCAUGCAUUUGUACCGUGGGCCCCGUGCGUGUGAGCUCCGCAUCCGCGGUCUGAGACCCGCCACCCCAGUACUCGCCCCUGACGCAUGUGACUCACGCCCGCCCUGGUCUCCCACGCCCCUUCUAUAGCCAGAGAUCAAUAAAGAAGGGAG